GUGGGAGUGGGCAAUGCUGCGCCUGGAGCUCUUUCUCGACUCCACCGUCAAGGUCUUGGGUCCACUCUACGUCCUCAUCGCCCUCGUCCUCAUCCUCGCCAUCGUAUACCUGGCCUUCUCGCUGCUGCUGCCCAUGGCAUAUCCCCUGCACACCCCAGCGGGCAUGCUGCAUUCCCUGGCAGCAGCAUGGGUGUCGUUCAACAUUCUCUUCAACUUCUAUUGCGCCGCCACCAGAAACCCGGGCUCGCCUCCUCCCCUUGCGCUCCCAGACAAGAAAAUUCGAGGGGCGCCUCAAAGCGAUCUCCCAGACAAGGAGAUCCGAGGGGCGCCGCAGGGCGAUGUGAGGGUGAGCGUGGGGCGCAUAGUGGCAGACAUGCAGCUCAACCUCUCAGACACCAUGCCGUGUGUGCGCUGGUGCGACAAGUGUCAGAAUCUCAAGCCCCCACUGACACAUCACUGCCAUAUAUGUGAAAGAUGCGUGCUCAAAAUGGACCACCACUGUCCAUGGAUGCACAACUGCAUUGGCCUUCGCAACUACCGCUACUUCUUCCUCUUCUUGCUGUAUUUGUGGGUGGGUUGUGGCUAUUCAGUCACAGUCGCCACCAUGCUUAUAGCUGACCGCAAGAAGAUGGUCCAGCCGCUGCCAGGGGUGAUAUUCACCUUCGUGGUGGCACUGGCGGCAUUCAUAGCGAUAGCGCUGCUGCUGGCGUGGCACGUGUACCUGGUGGCGACAGCGCAGACCACCAUUGACUUUUAUGACUUUGUGCUGCGGCGCCGCGAGGCCAGACGAGCGGGAAGAGUGUGGGUGAACGAGUUUGACCUAGGCGUGUGCCACAACUUCCAGGCAGUCUUUGACGUGUCGGGGCCGCUAUGGCCGCUGCUCAUGCUGCUGCCACGCACGGCUCGCGCCGGAGUCGCGAGCUUUUCCGUCCGCCCGUCAGCGCGCCCGAGUCGCGAGCUUUUCCGUCCGUCCGUCGCUCGCCAAUCCGCACGUAGCGCUCCCCUCCGCCCAUCGCUCUCCCUUCCGCCUUUCGCUGUACCUUCCGCCCAUCGCCCUCCCUUCCGCCCGUCGUUCUCCCUUCCACCGUCGCCCUUCUUUCCCGUCGUCGUCCGCCCUUCCGCCCGUAACCCUCCCUUCUUCCCAUCGCCAUCCCUUCUUCCCAUCGCCAUCCCUUCUUCCCAUCGCCAUCCCUUCUUCCCAUCGCCAUCCCUUCUUCCCAUCGCCAUCCCUUCUUCCCAUCGCCAUCCCUUCUUCCCAUCGCCAUCCCUUCUUCCCAUCGCCAUCCCUUCUUCCCAUCGCCAUCCCUUCUUCCCAUCGCCAUCCCUUCUUCCCAUCGCCAUCCCUUCUUCUCAUCGCCCUCCCUGCCGCUCGUCGCAAUCCCUGCCGCUUGUCCCCUCGCUUUCCCCGUCAACCUGUCUCCUUGUCCGCCGUCGCAAAGGCGAGGGUUCCCUCUCUCCCCGUCUCCUCGCUUUCCCCGUCUCCUCGCUUUCCCCGUCUCCUCGCUUUCCCCGUCUCCUCGCUUUCCCCGUUCCAUCCAAUGCUCGUCGCCCUCGCCUUCCUUCCCGUCUCCCUUCCCAUCUCGCACAUUUGUCACCCUCCCAUCUCUCCCCCCACUCACUCCCUUCCUUCCACCCAACAAUCCCCAUCAAUCCCCCACUUAUACCCCCCCCUGCCCUGCUUACCUCUCUCCCUAUUCCCACCAUUCUCUGCCCUGCUCCCCACCAUCCUCCGCCCUGCUCUCUCCCCGGCAUCUGCCCCCGUACCCCCCAUCCCAUUCCCUGUGUAAACGCGCCCCCCCUGCCCUGCUUCCCCCCAUCCUCUGACAAGCUCCUCCCCUGCUCUUCCGCGCACAGGGAUAGUGGUCGGUGGAGCGAUCUCCUCAUACCCCCUCCGCUUCUCCUCCGUCCCCCCUCCGCUUCUCCUCCUUCCCCCCUCCGCUUCUCCUCCUUCCUCCCUCCACUUCUCCUCCUUCCCCCCUCCGCUUCUCCUCAUUCCCCCCUCCUCCUUCCCCCCUUUGCUUCUCCUCCUUCCCCCCUCCACUUCUCCUCAUUCCCUCCUUGUUUUCCCCUCUGCUUCCCCCUGUGCAGGGACUUCACAUUCUCUCUGCGCUUCUCUGUCCUCUGGUCCCCCCUGGUCCCCCAUGCGCACCCCUGUGCCCAUCAGGUGGUGGACGAAGCAGGCCGCUUGCUGCCUGUGGUGGUGGAGGCGGACCGGCUGCUGCGCCAGUUCUACCACGACUGGCUGCAUGCUGACGUGGCAGUGAGCGUGCCGGUUCUGUGCGGCGUCAUGCAUGCACAUGGCGGUGGCAGCGUGAGUGGUGUUCUCCCCACUCCAUUCAUCCAUGGCCUGCAAUCUCUCCGUCACCGGAUGCUACGCGGUGCUGCUACAUGCCGCUGCUACGUGCCCGCGCCUUGUGGUUGCUGUGUGCAUCUGACCUGCAGCCACUUGACUGACGCUGCUAUGAGCCAUUGCCUUGCGCUCGUGUCACCUCACCGUGCUUUCACCGUGUUUGUGUCGUUGCUGCAUGCGGCGCACAGCCUCUUCCUGCUGCUCUCCGCCUUUCCCCCCGCCUCGCUGCCCUUCGCCUCUGCUGAGUUCUCCUCCCACCAGCCGCAGCUCUAG